GUAUAUAUAAUGUUUGUCUCUCACGGUGUAUAUAUAAUGUUUGUCUCUCUCACGGUGUAUAUAUAACGUGUGUCUCUCUCACGGUGUAUAUAUAAUGUUUGUCUCUCUCCCGGUGUAUAUAUAAUGCUGCAGUUCUGUCAACCAUUGACAAGGGCAGUUUCCUAGACAUGCUGAAAGGAAGAAAGUCUGAGGAGAUGAAGUGGCCAGUUCUGAAGGAAGACUUCAUGAUGAAGGCAAAGAUGAGGGACUGGGGGAAAGAAGAGGAGGUGGAGGGAGAGGGAGAGAAGGACAGCAGCUCUGAAUCUGAAACUGACUAGUAAUCUAGUUCUCCUUCCCUUGAUUACGCUUAAUUGGGAUUUACGCAUGCGCAAUUAAACGUAAUUAGCGGUGUUAGCCUUUUCCUGACUCAUCUUCUGUGGAAUUUAAGACAGCCUGGUAAAGAUGUCGGCUACCAACAGCUCAGCUAGCGGAAGUACCGGUGGAGACGAGCUCGAAUCCCUCGACUCUACCUCUCCCCUAUCUCCGUCUUCCUCUCACCUUCCCGAUGGCCGGUUCCAUAGGAGACGACGUGCCGCCGCCUUUUCUUACUCCCGUGUCAGAGAUGCACGACCGGCGGCGUGUUCCUCUCGCCUUCCCGACGGCUGGUACAUCUUUGAUCUGCCGUCAGGGGAGUUGUCUGAUGACUAUGAUGAUGAACUGCAGCAAUUCAAGAAAUCUGCCGUCAGAGGAGUUGUCUGAUGACUAUGAUGAUGAACUGGAGCAAUUCAAAAAGAUCUGUUUUGCAGCACCUGCUGUGAACCGCAAGAGAAUUGCUGUCUCACUUGACAUGAACGAUCUCAUGGCCAAAAUGAAAUUGACAUUACAUCAUCAUUACAUCAUUCUUGUACAAAAAAACAGUGACACACACAAUGUCUCUAACUGUUUUGAGAGUUGAAAUGUUGUGUAUUAUGAGAUAAUGGACACAAAAAGUGCAUGAAACUAUACAACAACACAUUCUUUAACUAUAUCUCCAUCCACUAUGAUGAUCUUGUCAGGUGAUGUACUGGCUACUAAACACAUGCUCCUACCAAUAGUCAUAGAGCCAAUCUCCACCCACUGUCCAUCCAGUAGCUGGUGAAUGGAGUUGACUGGUGACACACCUCGACUGCCACCAAUGACUACUAGCUGUCCACAGAGAGUGGCAGCUGUUGAGUUUCUCACUGGUAGAGGAGGCAGAGGUUUCCAGGAUAGGGUGAGAGGUGAUGUGAUUGGUUGAUCACUGGAUGGUAGGGCUGCAAGAGAACACGAGUAGCGAUUAGCAUCACGUCCUAUCACAUUCAACUGAUCGCCACAUAUUGUGGCUGAAGGGUAGCGGAGAGGUUGUGGUAAGUCUGUUAGUUGGUACCAUCUUCUGCUCUUCACUUGAAAUAGUUCGACUGUAGCAGUCCAA